CGAGAGUGGGACUGUUUUGUUUCCCUUUAUUAAAAUGUUUCUUGUUCUCUGCUUCAAACAGUGAAGCCCUUCAAGAAAAGUAAGUAAAAAUGGUCCAAAUGUAGUUGAACUGCAGCUUUUUCUUGAGCUUCUUGCUUACCACUGCAUCAGAUCUGUUCUGCAUUUUUGAUUGGAUUGGAUAACUUGGUUUUGGAGGCUCCUCGGGCUUGAAUCCUGUGAACACUAAUGGAGGAGCCAUUAGUUCGAUCUACUGAUGAUUCAGUGGAGAAGUCGCUAAAUUCUGAGAUAGAGAAGUCAUUGUCGGUGGAUAAUUUUGAGGAAAUGUCUCAAGAAUCAGAGUCUGUGAAUCCAUCAUCUGCUGAGAGUGUUAAAAGAGCGUCAAAAUGUGCCAAACCAAAUGCUUCAACACUGCCAAAGGGCACUGGUCGUAUUGGGAUAGCAAAAAGGAAGACUGAAGUCAAGAAUGGUUCAGUUGCUAAUUCAACAACUGCAAUAAGAUCAACUUUGACUAGGCCAACUAUAAGUAGUGUGACACGGAGCUUGGGUUCUGUGCCAGUUGUUAGGAGGAAUAGCACUGGUGGUUUAGCUGAAAAACAACCAAUAUCAUCGCUGACAAAACGGCAGGAUGGUGGUGUUUCUUCAGUGGCUGGUAGGAAGACUAGUUCUUCGGUCUCAGAAACAGUAAGGCGGUCCCUUCCAGAGAUUCGGAGGAGCUCAUUGCCUUCUGUUGGUACUGGAGCUACCAAUAGGACCAGCAUUUCAGAUAUUAGAAAGUCAGUUCCUGUAUCCACUGUUACUAGAAGUCCAAGAAGCUCAUCAACUUCUGAUGCAAGCAAGCAUGAAUAUCUAAAAAAAACUCCUGUCAGGCCAUCUCUGCCUUCAGUUUCAUCCACUAAGAAGGUUGCUUCUACAUCACUUGAUAGUACUGGCAGCAGCUCUGUGGUUAGAAAAGCGGUUGGAAAAAUCUCUUCUCCAACUGUUCGGACGCCAACAACUGGAUCUAAAGGUGGGUCAUUUUCAACAUCAUUUGAUAAGAGUUCGAAUUUGUCUAGUCGCAAGAAGGCCGGGACUCCUGAAAGUCGAGAUUCACGGCUUAUUAUGCUUCCUCAAGUGGAAAACAAAGCUGGUGAUGAUGUGAGAUUGGAUCUUAGAGGCCACAAAAUACGUAGUCUGAACAGCAGUGGGCUGAACUUGUCCUCAAGUUUGGAGUUUGUUUAUCUCCGGGACAAUCUCUUGUCUACGUUGGAUGGCAUCAAAAUACUGAAGCGAGUAAAGGUUCUUGAUUUGAGCUUCAAUGAUUUCAAAGGGCCUGGUUUUGAACCACUUGAGAAUUGCAAAGUGCUACAGCAACUGUAUCUUGCUGGGAACCAGAUUACAUCAUUAGUUAGUCUCCCUGAGCUUCCUAAUUUGGAGUUUCUUUCUAUUGCUCAAAACAAAUUAAAGUCUCUGGCUAUGGCAAGCCAACCUCGGCUACAGGUAUUAGCUGCCAGUAAAAACAAAAUAUCAACGUUGAAGGGCUUCCCACAUUUACCAGUCCUUGAGCAUUUGCGAGUGGAGGAGAAUCCUAUUCUUAAGAUGCCUCAUCUAGAAGCAGCUUCUGUUUUGCUUGUUGGUCCAACAUUGAAAAAGUUCAAUGACAGAGAUCUUUCACGUGAGGAAGUUGUGCUUGCAAAACGCUAUCCUGCUCAUACAGCUGUGUGCAUUAGAGGUGGUUGGGAAUUUUGCCGUCCAGACCAAGCUGUUGAUUCAGCAUUUCGAUUUUUGCUUGAACAAUGGAAAGAACAACUUCCACCAGGAUUCCUGUUAAGAGGAGCCUCAGUUGAGCAACCAUUUGAAGAAGAUCCCUGCUGCUGUAACUUUGAUUUUGUCAAAGAUGAAUGUGCAAGUACUGAUGCAGAAUUAUUCUUAAAAUACCAGUGGUUUAUAGGAGACAAGACUCCAUCAAACUUCAGAGCAAUUCCUGGUGCAACUGAAAAGGUAUAUUGGCCAAAACGUGAGGAGGUCAAUAGAAUUCUGAAGGUGGAGUGUACACCUAUCUUGGCAGACACUGAAUACCCCUCAAUUUUUGCAAUAUCUUUCCCAGUUUCUCCUGGAACUAGGCAUCCAAAGGUUUUAAAGACUGCCAUCCAGGGAGAUCUUGUUGAAGGAAACACUAUUAGGGGAUAUGCUGAAGUUGCCUGGUGUGGUGGGACUCCAGGAAAGGGAGUUUCUAGUUGGUUGAGAAGAAGAUGGAAUAGCAGUCCUGUGGUAAUUGUUGGUGCAGAAGGCGAGGAAUAUUGUUUGACUCUUGAUGAUGUUGAGUCUUGUUUGGUUUAUAUGUAUACUCCUGUUACUGAAGAAGGUGCUAAAGGGGAACCUCAGUAUGCAAUAACGGAUCAUGUAAAAGCAGCUCCUCCAUCAGUGAGCAAUGUGCAAAUAAUUGGAGAUGUGGUGGAGGGAAAUAUGAUCAAAGGAAUUGGACAGUACUUUGGAGGAAGAGAAGGUCCCAGCAAGUAUGAGUGGUUACGAGAGGACAAGGAUAUUGGAGUACCUGUAUUGGUAUCAACUGGUACAAAUGAGUAUACACUAAUGAAAGAAGAUAUUGGCCGGCAUUUGACAUUUGUAUACCUACCCGUGAAUUUUGAAGGGCAGGAAGGAAAGCCAGUGUCAACAAUCUCCCAAAUGGUUAAGCGGGCUCCCCCAAAAGUAACCAAUGUGAAAAUAAUUGGUGAACUAAAGGAAGGAAGUAAGGUUACUGUUACUGGAAUUGUCACUGGAGGAACUGAAGGGUCUAGCAGGGUUCAGUGGUUUAAAACCUCCUCCCUGACUUUUCAGGGAGAAAAUGGUCUUGAAGCAUUAAGCACCUCUAAAAUUGCAAAGGCAUUUAGGAUUCCUUUGGGAGCUGUGGGCCACUAUAUUGUUGCAAAAUUUACUCCAAUGACACCUGAUGGUGAAGCAGGUGAACCAGCAUAUGUUCUGGCUGAAAGAGCUGUGGAAACUCUUCCACCUAGCCUAAAUUUCUUGUCCAUAACGGGUGAUUACUCCGAAGAUGGCAUAUUGACAGCGUCAUAUGGAUAUAUUGGUGGUCAUGAGGGAAAAAGUAUCUAUAAUUGGUAUCUUCAUGAGGCUGAAAAUGAAUUGGGUUCUUUGAUAGCUGAGCUCUCUGGUCAUUUACAGUAUCGUAUCACUAAAGAUGCUAUUGGUAAAUUCAUAUCCUUUACAUGUACACCUGUUCGUGAUGACGGAACUGUGGGCGAGUCAAGAACUUGCUUUGGGCAGGAACGUGUUCGUCCUGGAAGCCCGAGAUUGCUUUCUUUACGGAUAGUAGGAAGUGCGAUUGAGGGCACCACACUAGAGGUUGAAAAGAAAUACUGGGGUGGUGACGAGGGAGACUCUGUUUUCCGCUGGAUCCGGACUAGUUCAGAUGGCACCCGCUAUGAAAUUUGUGGUGCCACUACUCCAUCAUACAUGCUAUCCCUGGAUGAUAUUGGUUUUUUCAUAUCAGUUUCAUGUGAGCCUGUCCGAAGUGAUUGGGCCCGUGGGCCUAUCGUACUCUCUGAACAAGUUGGACCAAUUGUUGCUGGCCCACCAACCUGCCACUCACUCGAAUUUCUUGGAUCCCUAGUGGAAGGGGAGCAUUUGAGCUGCGGUGCUUCUUAUAGUGGAGGGGAGAAAGGAGAUUGCCUGUGUGAGUGGUUUAGAGUGAAGAACAAUGGAGUCAGAGAAAAACUAAAAGCUGGCGAGUUUCUUGAUUUGUCAAUUGAUGAUGUUGGAGAGUGCAUUCAACUUAUAUACACCCCUGUGCGGCAUGACGGAAUGCAUGGAAACCCUGUGAUUUUGACGUCUGAUCCAAUUGCUCCUGGGGAUCCCGUUGGCUUUGACUUGGUAAUUCCUGAUUGCUGUGAGGCCAAGAUGGUUGUUCCCCAGAAGAGAUACAUUGGAGGAAAAGAAGGUAUUGGGGAGUACAUUUGGUACAGAACGAAGAGUAUGCUUCAUGCAUCUACUCUUAUGGACAUGACUGAUGCCACCGACGAUGUUUGUAUAUGUGGCAAGACAUUGUCAUAUACUCCAUCGAUUGAAGACGUUGGAGCUUAUUUAGCGCUGUAUUGGCUUCCAACGAGGGCGGAUGGCAAAGUUGGAAAACCACUGGUAUCACUUUGUGAUUCUCCAGUGUCUCCAGCUUUCCCGGUACUUUCCAAUGUUCGUGUGAAAGAGGUGUCUACUGGAAUCUACCUUGGUGAAGGAGAAUAUUUUGGUGGAUAUGAAGGAUCGAGUUUGUUUAGCUGGUAUAGAGAAACAGAUGAUGGAACAAUUGCUCUGAUUAGUGGAGCUAACUCCAAAACUUAUGAAGUCACAGAUGAAGAUUACAAUUGCCGUCUGCUGUUUGGGUAUACCCCGGUACGUUUGGACUCAGUUGUUGGAGAACUUAGAUUAUCUGAGGCAACAGAUGUAAUUCUCCCUGAGCUUCCAACAAUUGAGAUGCUUGUGCUGACUGGCAAGGCUGUUGAAGGAGAUCUGCUAACUGCUAUUGAAGUUAUGCCAAAAAGCGAAAGUCAACAGAAAGUCUGGGCGAAGUACAAGAAAGAUGCCAGAUACCAGUGGUUUUGUUCCUCAGAAGUGAUGAAUAGUAGGUCUUUUGAACCACUUCCAUCACAACAAUCAUGCUCCUAUAAGGUGCGGUUUGAAGACAUUGGUCGCUGCCUGAGGUGUGAAUGCAUUGUGACUGACGUUUUUGGAAGAUCUAGUGAACCUGCUUAUGCUGAAACUGAUUUUGUUGUGCCAGGGAUUCCUAGAGUGGAUAAGCUGGAGAUUGAGGGUAGAGGUUUCCAUACCAACUUGUAUGCUGUACGUGGCGUUUAUAGUGGAGGAAAGGAGGGCAAAAGUAAAAUCCAGUGGCUUAGGUCGAUGAUUGGAAGUCCUGACCUCAUUUCUAUUCCUGGGGAGACUGGAAGGAUGUACGAAGCUAAUGUGGAUGAUGUGGGCUACAGGCUGGUAGCAGUUUAUACUCCCGUUCGUGAAGAUGGAGUAGAGGGGCAUCCUUCUUCUGUAUCAACGGAGCCCAUUGGAGUUGAACCAGACGUUCUUAAAGACGUGAAGAUGAAGCUCGAUCUUGGAUCCGUAAAGUUUGAGGUGUUGUGUGACAAGGAUCGAUCUACUAAAAAGGAUCCUGGACUUGGAAAUUUGGAAAGAAGAAUUUUGGAAGUCAAUAGAAAGAGAGUAAAGGUCGUGAAGCCGGGUUCUAAAACUUCAUUUCCAACUACUGAAGUUCGGGGAAGUUAUGCCCCACCUUUCCAUGUGGAGCUAUUCAGAAAUGAUCAGCAUAGACUCAAAAUUGUUGUAGACAGUGAGAAUGAAGUGGAUUUGAUGGUGCAGACACGGCAUUUGCGAGAUGUUAUCGUUCUUGUCAUCAGAGGCCUUGCCCAGCGAUUUAAUGGUACAUCUCUUAAUUCUCUGCUCAAAAUAGAUAAUUAGUUUUCAUCUCAUGAAUGUAAAUGAUUUCAGAAUAGUUGUAAAAGGAUCAAUUUUACACUCCCUAUACAUCGUUUCUACAACUCUGUUUGAGGAUUGGUUUGUUGUAUAAAACACCUGUUCAUCAUUGUAGUUGUACAUUUUUGUGUAAGAUAUACUGUUCUCUAAUGGUGCAUUUCCUCA